UCUGUCACAGGAAUGUGUGAGUCCCUGGAUAAAUUUGGCCUGGUGACGGCAGCGUGCUCUCUCCAUAGAUACUGUCACUUCCUCCUUGCUCCUUCUCCUCCCUGACCUGAGUUUCUCCCUGCUAACCCUGUGACAAGUCUGAAGACUUGCCAUUUCCAUACUCUUCUGCCACCAGGUUCCAUUUCUCCUUCACGCCCCUCUCAUGAGGAACUGAGGCUAAGGUGUCCUGAAUCCACCAUGGCUAUGAAGGAAAUGGGGACCAGAGGAGCAGGCCUCUCUAUAGAGCUGGCUUAGAAUCUGCUAGGUUCUUAUCUUACUGGGGUGCCACUGGCAAAAUUUCUGGAAAUUGCUUCAGGGAUUCUAAGCAGCUCCCAUGGAGCUCCACUCCCUGACUAAGAGGAAGAAGCCAGAGGACUUGGGCAAUGCUGUGGACUGGAGUUCAGGAGAGACUCUUGGUGACCAGGCAGAGGAGGCGCCCAUCACAGCUGCCCUUUGCUCUCAGAAAAACUGUCCAUCCACACCAAGAGCAGCUGUAGUGGAAGUGUCUAGACUUAGCCCUUCUCCAGCAUCCCCAACCUCCUUGCUCCAAGACUAUGCUAUUCAGCCAAGCUUUUUCCCACCAGGACCUUCUGACUCAGGAAACAAUCAGGUAAUGGCAGAUCGUAAAGUCUGCAAUUGUUGCAGCCAGGAACUAGAAACUUCUUUUACUUAUGUGGAUGAGAAUGUCAACCUAGAACAGAGAAGUCAGAGGUCCCCAUCAGCAAAAGGCUGUAAUCACCCUGGAGAUCUUGGCUGGGGAAACUCUAAUGAAUGGUCCCAUGAUGCUGCCAUGUCUUUGAUAUCUGAAGAUGAAGAUGAUACAAGUUCAGAAGCCACAUCUUCAGGGAAGUCUAUAGACUACGGUUUCAUAAGUGCCAUCUUGUUCUUGGUCACGGGUAUCUUGCUGGUGAUCAUUUCUUAUAUUGUCCCCCGGGAGGUGACAGUGGAUCCCAAUACAGUGGCAGCCCGGGAGAUGGAACGCCUAGAAAAAGAGAGUGCAAGGCUAGGUGCACACCUGGACCGCUGUGUGAUCGCUGGGCUCUGCCUCCUCACACUCGGGGGAGUCGUUCUUUCCUGCUUGCUGAUGAUGUCUAUGUGGAAGGGGGAGCUCUAUCGUCGAAAUAGAUUUGCCUCUUCUAAGGAGUCUGCAAAACUCUAUGGUUCUUUCAACUUCAGGAUGAAAACCAGCGCUAAUGAAAACACCCUGGAACUAUCCUUGGUGGAGGAAGAUGCCCUUGCUGUACAGAGUUAAUUCUGAUAGCCUUGUGAGACAACCAUGCAUUAUAUGUGAAAAAAUUAAGUUAACAGUGUCUUAUUUGUUUGGCAAGAAAGGUUUUCUUUUGUUGUUGUUAUUUUCCACAUGC